AUGCGCACAACUGUGACCGACGGUAAAGAACUGAAAUUGGGUAACAAAUUUGCAGAGGUGAAGGAUAAGCGAAUCAACUUCUUCAAGGUGCUUACAUUUUCAGUAUCGAAGCCUGGGAAACACGGAUCGAGCAAAAAGCUCGUCAAAUCUUCCAAUCUGAUGACUGGUAGAUCGUACGAGUGCACAUUCCUUGGUAACACAAAUGUGUAUCUGAUCGAUGAUUUCGAGUACAAGCUUUAUCCCGUUCAAAUGGUUGAUCAGGGAUUCAAGCAGUUUUGGUACGACUUAGAGGAGGAGCUGUCUCUGAGUGCAAACGAGUUCGACUCCCAAUCGAGUGGGAUGCUGACGCAGUUCAGGAUGAAGGAGUUUGGGAAGAGCGCAGACGAUCUGCUCGUGAAUGAAAAUGGAGAGCGUCUCUGUCUGCUCGUGAAUGAGGUGAGUUUGGAAGGAAUCACCGCUAAAUUUCUAUGGGACAUCCUGUACGUGGAUGAGAGCAAUUUGGAUAAAAAGUUUACGCCUGGAGCCAAUUACGAUGAAUUCAUCAAGGGAAGUGGCCCAGCAGCUGGUGGAUGA